UACAACAAGAAAACAUUUUGUUUGGUAUAAACUCGAAGCCGAGAAAUAAUUUAUUAUGACAGUACAGAAACUAAACUCGAGUAUUUCUGACCACUCAGAUGAUAUGGUUAGUUUACCAUCCGAUGAAGAGAUCUAUAGGAGAAAAUAUCAAUUGUUGCUUGAACGAUGUGAAGUAUUGCAACAGGAUAAUGAACGAAUAGUCAAUAGACUUCAUGAAGUUAAGAAAAUAUCAAAGCGGUAUAAAAAGGAUAUAAAGUUGUUAGUAGAACGUUUGGAUAAACAUGGCGAUUCCUUUAGAACAGCAAUUGUGGAAAGUGAUAUUAAACCCACACACAUUCAUUCUACUGUUAAAUCUAGCAAACCCCAAUCACAAGGUGCACGACAAAUAGAAAAACCAAGUGGUAUGGGUGGUAAAAAACCAGCACCAAAGAGAAAAAGUAAAGGAGAUAAGCCAGAAAGAGAUCCUAAUGCUCCAAAAAAACCCUGCAAUGCCUUUUUUCAAUUUUGUCAAGAGCAAAGACCAGUAGUUUUAGCCGAAACUACAAAUGAAAUGGGCUCAGAACCUUCAAAACAAGAAGUAACAAGGCAAUUGGCUUCACGAUGGAGAGCACUGUCAAAUGAUGAGAAACGAAUAUAUGUUGCAAUGUUUGAAAGAUCAAAAGAAAAAUAUGCAGAGCAAAUGUCAGCAUAUAUAAAAAAGGAACAAUGAACAAUUUGUUUCCAUUAUUAGUUUUGUGAUCCUAAGAUAUUAUUUAUUUAAUAGCUUCUAAUAUAUUUCUGGUAGGUGAAAAAUACCUUAAGGUUUAUGUUAUAUAUAAAAAAAAAUUAACAAUUUGGUAAAAGAGCCACUGUUUGGUCUCAGAAGAAAUUAAAAGAACUAUUAAAAAAAUAUUUUAA